AUGUCGCAACAAUGGACAGCUCCUAAAGUCAGAAAUACGUUUCUGGACUACUUCAAGGAUAGAGGACACACAUUUGUUCCUUCGUCUUCUGUGAUCCCUCAUGACGAUCCAACUCUUCUUUUUGCUAACGCUGGUAUGAACCAGUACAAGCCUAUUUUCUUGGGAACAGUCGAUCCUUCGUCUCCUUUCGCUACUCUCAAGAGUGCUGUUAAUUCUCAAAAAUGUAUCAGAGCAGGAGGAAAGCACAACGAUUUGGAAGAUGUGGGAAGAGACUCUUACCACCACACGUUCUUCGAGAUGUUGGGAAACUGGUCUUUUGGUGAUUACUUCAAGAAGGAAGCUAUCGAGUAUUCCUGGGAGCUUCUGACCAAAGUCUACGGUUUAGAACCAAGUAGACUAUAUGUCACUUAUUUUGAAGGUGACUCAAAGGCCGGCCUCGAGCCAGAUCUUGAAGCCAAACAGUACUGGAAAGAUGUCGGUGUUGCUGACGACCAUAUUCUUCCAGGUAACGCCAAGGACAACUUCUGGGAGAUGGGUGAUCAAGGUCCAUGUGGUCCAUGUUCCGAGGUCCACUAUGACCGUAUCGGAGGCAGAAAUGCUGCUUCCCUUGUGAAUCAGGACGACCCUGACGUGUUAGAGAUCUGGAACAACGUGUUCAUCCAGUACAACAGAGAGGCCGACGGCUCGCUUAAGCCACUCCCAGCCAAGCACGUUGAUACCGGUAUGGGCUUUGAAAGACUUGUUUCUGUUUUGCAGAAUGUGCGAUCCAAUUACGACACCGACGUCUUCCAGCCUUUGUUCUCAAAGAUUCAGGAGAUCACCGGUGUCAGACCAUACUCUGGUAAGUUUGGAAAGGACGACAUCGAUGGUAUCGAUACUGCCUACAGAGUUCUCGCUGACCAUGUGCGUACCUUGACUUUUGCUCUUGCUGAUGGAGGUGUUCCAAACAACGAGGGAAGAGGUUAUGUUUUAAGAAGAAUCUUGAGAAGAGGUGCUAGAUACGUGAGAAAGUACAUGAACUACCCAAUUGGAAAAUUCUUCUCUCAGUUGUCUCCAACUCUUAUCGAGCAAGUUAAGGAUAUUUUCCCAGAAAUUGCUGCUGAUACCGACACCAUCUUCGAGAUUCUUGACGAGGAGGAAGCUUCUUUCUCUCGUACUUUGGAUCGCGGUGAGAAGCUUUUUGAGCAAUACGCUCUCAUUGCUUCAAAGACUCCAGAACAAACAUUGGUCGGAAGAGACGUUUGGAGACUUUAUGACACUUAUGGAUUCCCAGUGGAUCUUACUAGAUUGAUGGCUGAGGAAGCCGGACUCAAAAUCGAUGAAGAAGGCUUUGAACAGGCAAGACUUGCUUCUUUGGAGGCUUCGAAGGGAACCGGAAGCAAAUCCGGAAAGACCCUUUUGAAACUUGAUGUUCACGUGCUGGGAUCUUUGGACGCUAACAAGGAUAUUCCAACCACUGAUGACAUUUACAAAUAUGGCACUGAAGACAUUAAGACCAAGAUUGUUGGAAUUUAUGACGGCAAGGAGCUUCUCACAACCACCAAGGAUACCCAGGAGGGUGAGCAGCUUGGUAUCUUGCUGGAAAAGACGCCAUUCUAUGCUGAGCAGGGAGGCCAAGAGUACGACACCGGAAAGAUCGUCAUUGACGGAGUUGCUGAGUUUGAGGUUGAGAACGUCCAGAGCUACGCUGGUUACGUCCUGCACACUGGUCACAUUGUGGAAGGUACUCUUUCCGUUGGAGACAACGUUAUCGCUGGCUAUGACGAGCUCAGAAGAUGGCCUAUUAGAAACAACCACACUGGUACUCACAUUCUUAACCUUGCUCUCAGAGAGAUUUUGGGUGACGGCGUUGACCAGAAGGGUUCUCUUGUUGCUGCUGAGAAGCUGCGUUUUGAUUUCUCACACAAGGCCGCUGUUUCUCUUGAUCAAUUGAAAAAGGUUGAGGAAAUCUGCAACAAGACCAUCAAGGCUAGUUUGCCAGUGUACUCCAAACCAGUCACUUUAGACACCGCCAGAUCUAUUUACGGAUUAAGAGCUGUUUUUGGUGAGACAUAUCCUGACCCGGUCAGGGUUGUUUCCAUUGGUGUUCCUGUGGAUACUCUUCUUGCUGAGCCAAAUGAGAAGAAAUGGUACGACUACUCGGUGGAGUUCUGUGGAGGAACUCACGUUGCUAAGACCUCUGAUAUCAAGGAGUUUGUGAUUAUCGAAGAAAGCGGAAUUGCAAAGGGUAUCAGAAGAAUUGUUGCUGUUACAGGCACUGAUGCCCAUGAGGUUCAACGUGUUGCCAGAGAGUUCGACGAGCAGCUGACUCAAAUCGAGAAGAUGCCAUUUGGCGAGUCCAAGGAGAAGAAGUUGAAGGAGACCAGCACCAAACUUGGUCAACUGUCAAUCAGUGUGAUCGAGAAGGCUCAGUUAAAGGAGAAGUUUGCCAAGAUCGACAAGGCCGUGAAGGACGAGAUCAAGACCAGACAGAAGGCAGACACCAAAAAGACUUUGGACACUGUCAAGGGAUACUUCACAGAACACAAAGAGGCCCCAUUUUUGGUGAAACACAUUGACAUUUCUGCCAACGCCAAGAUCAUCACCGAAACCAUCAACCUGAUCAAGAAGGAAAACAAGGACAAGUCUCUGUUCUUGAUCACUGGGCAAAAGGCUGAUCCUCGUGUCGCUCAAGGUGUCUACAUCAGUGACGAGCAUCUUGGCAAAGUUCAAGCCACCGAAGUUGCCAACCUUGCAGCCUCAUUCAUCGGAGGAAAGGCCGGUGGUAAGGGUAACGUUUGCCAAGGUAUGGGUACCGAACCUGAACAUAUUGACGAGGCCAUCUCUGCCGUUGAGAAGUUAUUGGAGACUAAAUUGAUUAUUGAUUUGGGUGAUGUGCCGUAUGGAGUAGACAACCCACUCAACUUUGUGGAGGAUAGCAUAUUUGAGCGGUUGGUGGAGAGAUCCCUGGAAGAUAGUGGGGUAUACGGUGACAACUCGAUUUCCUCGUCGAUAGGGUUCAACAACUCACAGACAUAUGCUAUCGCAAUCGAUUCUCACAGAGCGAGCGGAAAUAUGUCUCUAGAGGUCACCAUAGACUCGCGGCCUCCAAGUUGGAACGGCAAAGGUGUGGGUUUGACCCUUUUCUACAACUUUGACGAUGAUCUGACAGAUCUGGGAAAGAGCACAGAAAUUGUGUUUAAAGGUUCCAACGGCAUUAUCUCCCUCUCAGACGAGCAGGUAGGCUCUCAUACAAUGAUGUUUACACGAAUUCAGUCGAGCGGGUGUUCCGACUGUCAUGACGGUGAAGAAUGGAAGUAUUCCAUGGAGAUCACGUCAGGGACUAUCUACUUCAAUUAUACGGGAACGGCUCUGGUUUCUUUAAUAGACACGGAUUCUGACAGCGCGUUAUUCAGUUGUUCCUCCCUUUGGGCCAACCCGGGCUCGCAAUUCAAUUUAUCGCUGUAUUCCGACGAAGAGUAUACGGAUUUGGUGAGUUCUCGAGAGAUUAACAACUCAACGGUCAGCGGGCCCCACAACCUUCUUUUGAUGGAAGAUCUCGAGCAAUCGACCUCGUAUUACGCUGUUUUGACGGAACUUUUGCAGGAUAGUGGAGUGCUACUGACUCACCAAAGACUCAAUUUCACCAUUGAAGAUAUACCGGCUUGCAAGAUCAUCUACAACUUGGAUUUUUGCACUAAUGUGGCUUAUGCCGUGCCGGCAUCUGCUGCAUUUGCUAAUGGGAGCCAGAGCGUCUCCGAGUUGGCGUCAUCGUAUGACAAUUACACUGCUGCCCAAUACCAGAACUUUGAGUACGCUAUGCAACAGAUCCCAUGCGACACAGAGUUGGACGCCCGAUACUCUCCGAUCAAGACUUGCGAUGAUUGUCGUACAUCGUACCGGAAUUGGCUGUGUGCAGUUUCAAUUCCACGCUGCUCAACGCUGGAUGCCCCACUGUACAAAUCGUAUAACAAGUCUGAGGGACGUAACGACUUCAUCGCAAAAACAAUACAGCCGCCGUUCAGCUACUACGAGGUGCUUCCUUGCGUUAAUAUCUGCCAGGCAAUGGUGCGAGACUGUCCUGCAGAAUUUGAAUUCAAGUGUCCUAUCUCUGAGUCAUUUAUUAAGCUCAGUUAUAGCGACGACAAGUAUUUGAGCGACGGCGAAGAAUAUGUCGCUUGCAACUCCUUGUCUUUGACUGCUACCAGCGGGGCAUCACUGCUAAAAGUGCCUUGGAUUCUAUUACUGGGCGCUCUUAUGGUGUGUCUAUGA